CGGUUUGGGUUUGUUGGUAUUGGGUUUGAGAGAGAGGGUUUUUCACUGUGUUGAGUGAGUGACAGCAAAAAUAGGUUCAAAGCUUUCAUCUUCAGCAACAAACCUCAGCUUUCCUUUACCAGAGCUCGAGCUCCCACCUAUGGAGGUUCCCAAAGAUCAAAUUGCUUCCCUUAUGGACCUUGGCCUCUACAACUCAGCUCAAAUGCUCAGUUGUUUUCUUGUUUCGUCACCUGCCGCUAAUGCUGAAACCAAUCCGCACCUCAAAGCUGAAAGCUUGGUGCUGCUUGGUGAUGCAUUGUUUCGUGAGAGGGAAUAUCGCCGAGCAAUUCACACGUACAAGCAAGCGUUGCAAUAUUACAAGAUUGCCAAACAAAAUUCAACCAGUUCUAGAAGUUCUUUAUCGUCCAACAGGUCCUCUUCUCCCAAUUCUUUUAACGUAUCAGCUAUUAAUGAGAAUGAGGUGAAAUUCAAAGUUGCAUCAUGCCAUUGUGCGAUAAAUGAGAAUAGACAAGCCCUUGCUGAGAUGGAGCAAAUUAGCAAAGGAAGAAACUUGCAGAUGAAUCUUUUAAUGGGAAAGCUUUAUAGAUAUUCCAGAAAUAAUCGUUCUGCUAUUACGUGUUAUAAAGAAUGCCUAAGGCAGUGCCCAUAUGUAAUUGAGGCUGUCACAGCUUUAGCAGAGCUAGGGGUUUCUGCCAAAGAGAUUGUUUCACUGUCUCCUCAGACUGCAAACAGAAGUGGUAGGGCUCCCUUUGAUUGUUUUGACUCAAGUCGUUGGCUUCAACGGUAUGUUGAGGCCCAGUGUUGCAUUGCUUCAAAUGACUACAAAGGUGGUCUGGAACUAUUUACCGAUCUUUCACAGCGUUUCCCUAAUAAUAUACACUUAUUACUUGAGAUUGCAAAGGUUGAAGCAAUCAUUGGAAAAAAUGAUGAGGCCAUUAUGAAUUUUGAGAAGGCUCGAUCAAUUGAUCCGUAUCUGGUGACUUAUAUGGAUGAGUAUGCAAUGCUUCUAAAGAUAAAGUCUGAUUUUUCAAAGCUAAAUAAAUUGGUCCAUGAUUUGUUGGUCACUGAUCCUACAAGGCCAGAAGUUUUUGUAGCUUUAUCUGUGCUGUGGGAAAAGAAAGAUGAGAGAGGAGCUUUAUCUUAUGCUGAGAAGAGCAUAAGAAUAGAUGAGAGGCACAUACCAGGUUAUAUAAUGAAGGGUAACCUACUGUUAACAAUGAAGCGAGCAGAAACAGCUGUAAUUGCUUUCAGAGUAGCUCAAGAAUUGAGACCCGAUAUUCGUUCGUAUCAAGGUUUGGUACAUUCUUAUUUGGCUCUCUCUAAAAUCAAAGAGGCUCUGUAUGCUGCGAGGGAGGCUAUGAAGGCCAUGCCCCAAUCUGCAAAGGCUCUAAAACUAGUUGGUGAUGUACAUGCUAGUAACUCGGGUGGCAGGGAGAAGGCAAAAAAGUUCUAUGAGUCGGCUCUUAGGCUUGAGCCUGGUUACCUCGGAGCAGCAUUAGCUCUGGCUGAGCUACAUGUUAUUGAAGGUCGAAAUGGAGAUGCUGUAUCUCUGCUCGAGCGAUAUCUCAAAGACUGGGCUGAUGACUCCCUUCAUGUAAAACUAGCUCAAGUAUUUGCUGCAACCAAUAUGCUGCAGGAGGCACUGUCACAUUAUCAAGCUGCAUUAAGGAUAAACUCUCAGAACGAAGCUGCGAAGAAGGGCUUAGAUCGAUUAGAGAAACAAAUGAAGGGGGUGGAUCCAGAUGCACCCGAAGAAGAUGAAGAAAACGAGGUUGAGGAUGUUGAUGCGGACCAAGAAGAGACUGACCUUUUAUGAGGAUUUAUCCUCUUACAUAUAAUUGCAAAGUUUGCUGAAAUGAGAAGAUGACACUUUGCAGAUCAAGCGGAGCACAACCAUGGGAACUGCCAUGGAGUGUGCUGAGCAUUUGAGCUGUUAUUUCAGAGUUUUCUUUAGAGAAGGAUUAGAGAACAGAAUUUGUUUUUCAUAUCUAUCUACUGAGUUGGAUACGCACACAAAUGUCUUGAAACCAUGAAUUGCCUGACUUGAAGUGCCAGAUGACAGAAAGCAGGAAAGAAUAUUGACCAGUGCCUGGCUAUUGCAGAGCUGUUCAUCUUCACAACAAUGUUGAUACAUCUCAUGCUGGGUAACUUUUUUCUUUUGGUGCUCUUUUUUUUCUUUUCAAAAUGUGUCUCAAUUAGUCAUGACUUGUAUAAAGUGAGGUGAGUGGUCAUUCUUGAUUACCCGGUUAUUUCAUUGUGGUAAUAAAAAAGCCAUCUGUAUUCUGAUUCUA